CACACAAGAUGGACUUCCUCCGGCUACACCUCCCUGGGCUGCAUCAGGCCUUGAGGGGGGCACUGGAUUCCUUCAGUGCCUUUUUGUCCUACCUCAUAGGAGAUGAGGUCCCCACUGUACAGCAGGAGGCACAGGUAGCCAAAGAAUUGCAGGAGGUAGCAGCAGGAGAGCCAGAGAAGACUGUAGAGGAGGAAGCCCAGGAGGCCCUGGAAAGCCUUAGAGACCGCCGGAGCCAGGGGUUUGGGAAGCCAGGAGAGCCUGGAGAGGCUGGGAGAUGCCCAGAGGGAAGCUCUGCUGCAGAACAGACCUGGGGCUGGGGAAAAGGUAGCUCCCAGGGCUCUCAAGCAGAUAGGCAGGACACUGAGACCCGGGAGGCAGCCAGGGCUUCCGGGGACCAGGAGCCAAGUACCCCCCUGGAGGCUAGGAAGAAGUCUGAGGCAGGGUCCAGGGCUCAGCAAGACAGGAGCGGUCACUCCAAGGAAGGACAGGAGCCUGGUGAGCAGGAAGUGAGCAGAGGGGAGACAACGAGAAACUGGGAACAUGAGGAGGAAGAGGUCAGGGUGACAGAGCCAGGGAUGGCCAGGGGGGUGGAGUCAGAGUGGACCUGGCACCGAGAGCCUGAGGUGAAGGCGGGCAGUAGCGGGCAGAAGGUAGCAGGGGACAGCGGGGAGACAGAGCAAGUGGUUUCCGAGGCAGCUGCAGAAACUGAAAACUUUGAGGUCAGAGGGCCUGAGAGGGAAGAAGAGGGGGUGGUAGUGGUGAGGAAUGGCCAAAGCAUAGGGACACAGGGGACAGGGGUAGAGUCUGAGGACUGGGCAGCCUUGGGCAGAGAAGAGGCCAGAAUAACCUCCUCAGACAGGGAGCAGGUCGCCGCAGCUUUAGCCAGGGAAGAGUCUGACCUCCCAGGAGUCAGGGAGACCGAAUAUGGGCCAGUCCCAGGAGAAAGGAUCCCGGAAGUUACUGGGAUCAAGAUUCAAGAAGAGGAGAAGGGAGAGACUGAAGUGAAGCUUUUCCCCCAAGAGACCCAGGUCCUGGGCACUGAGGCAGUUGAGGGCCAGACAGCAGGGAGGGAGGCAGAAGGCCUCGAGUCAGAGGAGGAGGCAGGGGAGGGCUUUGAGGGGGACAUCGAUCAGCAUGGGAAAGAGGCCGAGGGGAGGCAAGAUGAGCAGAUCAGGGCUGAUGGAGCUCUUCCAGAGGAGGAGGAGGUACAAGCAAAGGAGGACUGGGAGGAGGAAGGGAGUUGCCUGGUCACAGAGGCUAAGCUGGCCCUGGACAAAGAGGCUCGAAGUGAUGAUGAUGACUUGGAGGCAGCCCCAGAGGUCAGGCCUGGUGAAGAGUUUGUUGAGGAGAGAAGUAAGGAGGCUCAGAGGAGCCAAGAAACAUUGGAGGAGGAGUGGGAUGACCUCAAAUUCAAGGUCACCAAAGGCCAGGAGCCUGAGCUGAUGGGAGGUGUCUUGACCCCAACAGAGCAACCUCAGGAAGGACAGGGGGUUCAGGAAGAACUAGGGAGAGUUUCAGACCUGAGGACAGAGGAGAUGGAGGGGAGGCUGGAGGAACAUUCCAGGCACACGGGGUCUAUAGAUCCUGAGGUCCCUGAGGGAGAAGACUGGGAAAACCAGAGGAGAAGGGACAGGGAAAGUAGUAACACCCAGGAGGAAAAAACAGAUACUGAAGAUGAGGAGGAGGAGGAGGCUACAGGAGGUCAGGCACUGGAGGCCAAGGCCAAAGGAGGCUGGGAGUCUGACUUGUCAGAGAUCCAAGGAUGUGCAGCACAGGAGGGGGAGGGCUUUGUAGCAGAAAACCAGGAGCUGCAGAAAAUUCAAGGGGAAGAGGCAGAGGAAGACCAGUCACCAGGAGAAACAGAGGCCAGAGAAACUGAGGAUAGCGAAGUGGAGGCCUCAGGACCAUCGGAGGCAGACGUCACAUCCAGGGGAGGCUGGAGGCUGGAGGAGGCAGCUCUGGGCCUCCAGAACCAGGAGGAGGCACAGACCAGUGCUUUGGCUCCUGAGAUUGUGGAGGAUGAGGCAGUCCUGGUUGUGAGGGCUGCUGGGGCUGAGGAAGGGCCAGAAUUCCAGGAGUCUGGGGCAGUUUGGGUGGGGGAGUAUGGGAGAGGCUGGAACUCAGAAGAGAGAGAGGAGGCUGAGGGAGAGGCAGAGCUGGUGGAGGCUGCAGAGGGAGGGAACCGAGGUGGGCAGGAUUUGGGCCUAGAAGGCUCAGCAGGGGAGGAGGUGACUGGCAGAGAUGGUGAAGCAGAGGCUUUUGAGGCCAGGGCUGGAGAUGAGGCAGGGGUGGGGGGACCUGCCAUGGCAGAAGGAAGUGGUGGGAUGGAGGGCGUUACCUCAGGCUCCCAGGCAGCAAGAGCAGAGAGCGCUGAAGCCAAAGUGGAGGCCGAGGGGCUCCUGGGAGAGCAGCUGUUGGAAGAGGCUGGGGGCUGGCAAGCCAGAGAGCAGGGGACAGACAGUGAGGGGCAGUGUGGGGACCACCACCCUGAGGGAGAAGGACAAAGGCUGCCGCCUGUGGAGGACUCUGGGACUGGAGGCCAGAGGUCAGAGGCCAAGGAGACUGAUCCAGAAGGCCUGGAGGAUGUUCAAGGCCAGGAGGUGCAGCUGACACAGCAGGGCCUUGUGGAGGUCCUGCCUGGGCCCUCGGACACUGCUGAGGCUGCAGAAAGUGCCAGAGGGGACACUCACAGCAGCUGGUGUGAGGCCUUGCUUCCUGGGCCCCUCCUGGAUGUCUCUGCCCCGAGGAGCCGCGCCCUCCUCUCCCGAAGCUCCUCACAGCGUCGCUCUCGGCCCUCUUUCCGGCGAGUCCAGGCCUCCGAGGAGCCGGAGGACCCUCCUAGCCCUCAGCCCGAGGAGGGACUGUCAGCCCCCGAGCAGAGGCCACUCCAGCUGGAGGAGGCCCCAGAGCCAAGCCCCCCGAGACCUGAAGGGACCCCAGUGCCAGCCAGGAGAAAGACUUUGGGACUCGGGUUUGGCCUGGCACACCCGGGCAUGAUGCAGGAGCUACAAGCCCGCCUGGGUCGGCCGAAGCCCCAGUGA